GCGAGCUAGUAUCGAACUGGAGUCAUCUGAAACGAUUGCCGGUGAUAGCCUUCAAGUACAUCGGAUAUAUGAAAUACGGAGGGCUUUCUGCAAAGUCUUCGAAAAUCGCGCAGAAAGUCGGCCAAAAUUGCUGAAAUUUGCUCGCGAGAUCGAGGAUUCUUCGAGAGAGUCGUCUUCAGGUGAAUUUUAUCCCAGUGAAAUUGCACGAGCGUGGAAAUCUUGAAAAACUUGUGUUCUGGUAAAUGCUGAAAUUGGAAAUCCGCAUUUUUACGCAUUUGGAUGAUACUUGGAAAAACGCUCUUUGAUACUCUUUGAAUCAAAUUUGAAUCCCAGAAUAUUCGAUUUUUGAUAGUGAAAAGAUCCGCAGCCAUAAAUUAAUCCAGUGCAAUAUAAAAAGUAUAACAACAUUUAGGUGGAGCUUGUAAAAUGUUCUCCUAGCAAUUAAAAAUUAAAGAAAGAGGUUGAUAAAAAUUAUUCUACAAGAAACUGUUCUUCGACAAAUUUGCGAGGAUCAGUGCUGAUUUUAACGACAAAUUCAACGACAUUCGCACGCUUUUAGCUGUAAAUCAUAAUAAGGAAGUGAAGAAUCAUGAAGCCGCCAUAUGAAGAAACGAUGCAGCAGAUCUCGCAGGAGCAAGGCGAGAGAAAUGUCGCGAUGGCAGUCUGUGUACAACUUGCUGGUCGGGCGAUCAUCAGGGUGGUUUCGCGAUGUGAAGAAGCCCAAGAUAACUGUAACCUAGACUUGUCAGAGUGCCAGCUCAUGCAAAUUCCGGACGCUGUCUAUCAUUUAAUGCGACAUACGGAGCUGAAAAGAUGCGAUCUUUCCGGAAACGUGAUCACAAAGAUUCCAGCAAAAUUCGCCGUAAAGUUCUCGCUAAUUACUGAAUUAAAUUUGAGCCACAAUCAAAUGAGCAAACUGCCGGAGGAGCUGGCCGAGCUGCAAGCGCUGGAGAGACUCGACAUCUCGCAUAACACUUUCAUCGCUCUACCACCUGUCGCUUGGCGAAUACCGCAGCUCAAACGGCUCCUCGCCAACAAUAAUUUUAUUAUCGACGUUGACGUCGAGAGACUUAGGCACGCACCCGUCCUGGAAGUGGUGGAUUUGCAGGCAAACCCAUUACCUCCCAGAUUGCACGAUCUCUUGCGCACUCUGACUGGGAUCAGAAUUGAGCUUAGUCCUCGGCAAAUCGAGGAUUGGGAAGACUUGAACGUCUAAAUCGUCUCCCGCGUAGCUUGAGAGUAGCUCUGAUUCGCGAACGAUGACGACUCCAUCCUCUUUCGAUGAAGAUUGCUCAAGGCUUCGUCACAGCUAGAAGUAGAAUUGAUAUUUUGUACAGAACGUACUGAGUGAUAUAACUGAUACGGAUCGUCAAUCGAAGCGAUCCGGUUGUACUUUUUGUAUAAAUCCUACUAGUGAUUUGUAUUUAAGUAUGUACUUAAUUACGACGGAUCUAUUAUAUCGAUCUCGUGAUCGAGAUCGAUCGAUGAUCCUCCUGUGUUUCUUUUAUACCGCGUGGAUUUUUAGGUUUUAUCGCAAUACAAGUCACGAGCGACUCUAUUGUAACGCUUAGAUAUAUAUUUUAAUCAUUGGAGAUUCAAGCAUUCUUGGAUUCUUGAUGAUUUACGUGGAGAUUAAAGUAUCUGAAGCUUUGAAUCCUUGAACACCUGUUGAAAUCUCUUGAAUUUGCUUGCACUCUUGAAAUUUUUUAUAAUCUCUUACACAUUUAGAAUCUGCGAGGCUUGAAGUCUUGGAUCCUCAGAGUCUAAGAUUUAAAGAAUGCUUAAGUUAAAGAAUAUACAUCAAAUUUUCUGGGAUACUCUGAAAAUUGCAUUAUUGAAAUGUAUCGUGAAUGCAAAUUAUAUUGACUGCAAUUCGUGUCUGUCAAUAAUUUACGGACAAUUUACCGCUAUCAACUGCCGAUUUAUGUAUACACAUUGCGUAGCGCAAUUUCUCUAAUACAACAUUUUACACUCGAGCGUCAUAUGCAAUAUAAUAGGGAAGGUGUCAUAAUUUUACAUAUGUUGUUGACAUUAUUGCACAUUCUCACAAAAUAUAUAACGAAAUACUGCACACAAAUGAGAAUUAAAUGUUUUUUUGCAAAUAUAUGUUCUAAGAAUAUAUUUACGUAUAUUUUACAUUUUACACAUAUUCAUAACUCGAGCAUGAAAAGAUUAAUACCUCAUGUAUUGAUGACGUUCGAAUAGAAAAUCAGGUUUAUAUAUCUCGAGUACAAAGUUACGGAAUAAUAAUAACGGAAUAAUAAGAAUGAUAGAAGAAGUAACUGUCAUUAAUUAGUAAUUGUUAACGUUUGGAUACAGGGUGUCUCAUGAAGAUAUAUAGAUUUGCAAAUGAUCCCGCGAAAUCGUACGCAUUUUGCGUAUGUAACAACGCACAUCAAAUAAUAUGUUUAUAAUAUUAAAUUUAUUUUAUUCUCUCUUUGUGUGUAACUUUUGAUCUAGUCAAUUUUAUCUUGAAUGAACGGAUCUUGAGAGACACAUAAUUUUGCCAAUUCUUGAAUUUACCUAUAAUAGAGUGAAUGAUUUCACGAAUUCUUUGAAUUGAGAAUUCCUGAUUUCCAAGACUUAAUUGCGAAAAUAUAAUCCAUAAAACUAUUGUGUCUGUAAAUCUGUAGUUUCACACAUUCUCAGAUCCAUAGAAAUUUGAACAGCAUAAGCGUAAUAAAACGAAAAGCGCGAGAGCGCAUUUUUCUAUCAUAAUCUGCAGGACUUGUUCCUAGUCUACAUCCUAAUUAUCAUUAUCAUUAUAUUACAAUUUCUAAGUCAUAAUUAUAUUUUCACGAAAAGCAAACUCGCAUAGCAAGUUGAAGAAUAUGUAAUGAUAUUAUAUAUUUUAUGCUUUUUCAAUAUUUUAUCGCAAUGCUCGAUAUAUAAUUUUUUUGUACAAUAUACAUAUAAUUAUAUAUAAUUAAUAUAUAAUUUUGAUUUAAUAAUUAGAGACUUGGCUCAAAUAAUCAAAAAAUCAAAAAGAAAAUGGCAUAAGAGUCAAUGCGCGAUAGUUGGAGCGCAGAGCAGCAACAACACUUCUUUCUUUUUCCAAUAUUAGUUUAUUAAAAACAUAUUAUAACAAAAAGCGAAUGUUUCGGGUCAUCUUUUGAUCCUCCUUCUGCGCGAUGUUAACAAUAUAUAUUACAAAUAGUGACGCGUUACAUUAAACGAAUUUAUUUUUAUAAUUUUUCGAUGGGUAGGUAACGCUAAACACUUUGCUUCCAACAGUCAAUUAAAUAUACUAUAGUUAUGCUAUGCGACGUCACAGCAGAUCUAGCAAAUCGAGUAAAAAUAAUAAAAUAAAAUAAACAUCAAAAAAUAUUACACGUGUUGGAAGCAGAGUGCUUGCUAGAUCUCCGCGGAUGCAAUUUAGCGUUACCUACGCGUCGAGAAAUUAUAAAAAUAAAUUCGUUUAAUGUAACGCGUCACUAUUUGUAAUAUAUAUUGUUAACAUCGCGCUGAAGAAGGAUCAAAAGAUGACCCGAAACGUUCGCUUUUUGUUAUAAUAUGUUUUUAAUAAACUAAUAUUGGAAAAAGAAAGAAGUGUUGUUGCUGCUCUGCGCUCCAACUACCGCGCAUUGGCUCUUAUGCCAUUUUCUUUUUGAUAUAAUUUUGAUAAAAUAGAAAUUGUGCAAUGCUUUCAGAUAAAGAUUUUAGUCAAAUAAUUUUCAUCGCAUAUAAAUUUAUGACAUUCUGUAUUAUAUGUACGAAAUAAAUGACCGAAAAAAGA